AUGAAGCAAAAGAAGCAAUACAAACCGCACAAUUGGGCUAAAAAGGAAAUAACAGCGGCCGGCUGGCCCAAUGGCAAGGCGCUUGACUACGAAUCAAGAGAUUGCAGGUUCGAUCCCUGCGUCGGUCAUCUCUUUUUGUUUUUUGAUAAAAUUUACAAUGAAGAAUCUUUUUUUGCUAUUGAUGAGCCCAAUUGA